UCGAAAAAAAAAUCUCUGCUCGGCAGCGGCAGACAAACCAACAAACAGAUUCCAAAAGCUGUCUCUCAGAGCAUUAAAUUUGAGAAUAUUUCGAUUGCACUAAUCUCUGAUUUGUGUGCAUUUUCUCGGGUUUAUUCAACACUUUUUUUUUGAAAACCGUUGCUUGAACUUUGUGGGGUGGUCCUCUGUUUUUCCUGGAAUCCCGCAUCAUCGUCAUCUGGUCUUCUUUUCUGUUCCAGCGAUCUACGUAUUUCGUUUCCUCUUCACAGUAUCUUCACAUAAUAUCUCGACAUGGCCGAUCAUACUAGAGAUCCUUGUCCGAUCGUCAUUAUCAACGAUUUCGGCGGUGCUUUUGCUAUGGGUGUUAUCGGUGGCACAAUCUGGCACGGUAUCAAAGGCUUCCGAAAUUCACCUACUGGCGAACGUCGCGCAGGUGCUUUCUCCGCCAUCCGCUCACGCGCUCCCGUCGUCGGCGGCAACUUCGGCUCCUGGGGCGGUGUUUUCUCGAUAUUCGACUGCACAAUCAAAGGCAUCCGCCGGAAGGAAGAUCCCUUCAACCCUAUAAUGGCGGGCUUCUGCACGGGAGGCGCGCUCGCCAUGCGAGGCGGAUUCAAGCACGCCAGAAACUCGGCAAUCACCUGCGGUUGCUUGUUGGCUGUCUUUGAGGGUGUUGGAAUGGUUAUCUCCAGAAUGCUUACACCGGCGGCUCCUCCGGCGCCGAUCGCGCAGCCUCUCGAGGCGUAAAAAAAUUCGUCAUGUCAUCAUCUCUGAUCACAGCUCCAUCUCUUCUAUUCUCUUUCCGGUCGCUUGCCUUGGUUCGCUCUCCCUCCGCUCAUAAUGUGCUAUCUCUUGUGUGGUCUAUAUUGCCAGUAUAUAAGUCCUUAGGUUUGGAUUGUUGUUAUUUGUCUCCCCAUCUCGCCUGUAUCAUAUUCUCUCUUCUUCGAAUGUAGCAAAAGAAUGCUGCAUCUUCCUUGUCCUAUUUCCCUUACUCCCGUUAUACUCUAUGCUUCAUAAAUACUUCUUAAAUCUAACAUACCAAAUGAGUUGAUAUUUACAUCAGGCAUUUAUUAAAUUAUUUUAAAAACCAUACAAACGGAAAAUUACAUCUCGACCUCGUUCA